GUUCAGUAAAUAUUGAUGAUGUCAUGCGCUGAAGAUGGCUGAAGGGGAAGGAGGUUGGUGGGGAGGCUGGCUUCAGCAAGGCUACCAGGCCGUUAAAGACAAGUCUGCAGAAGCCUACGAGUUUAUUAAGCGAGAUCUGACCGAAUUCUCCAACGUGGUGCAACAUGACACGGCUUGUUCCAUCGUGGCCACGGCCAGCGCGGUCCGGAGUAAGCUGGCGGCGGAGGGCUCCACGGAGACCACCGAGAAGGUGAAGAAGAGCCUGUCCAACCUGCUGGGCGUGAUCACGGACACGCUGGCCCCGCCCCCGGACAAAACCAUCGACUGCGACGUCAUCACGCUCAUGGCCACGCCCGCCGGGACCACGGAGGUGUACGACAGCACCAAGGCCCGUCUGUACUGUCUACAGGCUGACCCAGCGACGUACUGCAACGAGCCUGACGGGCCCCCCGAGCAGUUUGAGGCCUGGCUGCCGACCUGCUCUCUGGAGGACAGGAAAGGGGAGAUCUCUGAGCUCCUGGUCAGCAGCCCCUCCAUCCGCUCCCUCUACACAAAAAUGGUUCCCGUGGCUGUGGCCCACUCUGAGUUCUGGCAGCGCUAUUUCUACAAAGUCUAUCAGCUGGACCAGGAGGAGGCGCGGAGAGUGGCCCUGAAGCAGCGGGCGGAACAGGUCACGCACUCCGAGGCCCUGGGCUGGGAGGAAGAGGAAGAGGAGGAUGAGUUUCUGGGCGCCUCCUCCUCGUCUCGUCUGGACUUCACGCCCCCCCCGGAGGAACCCCCCCGCGCCCCCCUCAGCGACUCCGCCCCCCUGAGUGACUCCGCCCCCUCCCCCGCCUCUCCGACGUCGCCCCUCCCCGAAAACGCCAGCAGUGGCAGUGUGACCCCGCCCACCCAGGUGGAGCGGGUCCAGGAGCCGGGCGUGGCCCCCGGGCCCCAGGGCGUGGCCCUGGAUGAGGAGGGCGGGGCCAGGGUGAAAGAGGAGGCGCUGGCCCGGAGGAUGUCCGCGGCCGGCCUGGGGGGUCAGGAGGAGACGGGCGCGACCCCCCCGCCCGAACCCCGGCCCGCGGAGACCGACCACGCCCCAAAGACCCCCCGGCCCGCCCCGCCCCGGCCCGACGCCGGGAGGGAGGAGGGGCCACACGACCUGCGCGUGUUCGAGCUCAACUCCGACAGCGGCAAGUCCACGCCCUCCAACAACGGCAAGAAGGGGUCCAGCACAGACAUCAGUGAGGAUUGGGAAAAGGACUUUGACUUGGACAUGACAGAGGAGGAAGUCCAGCAAGCACUUUCCCAAGUGAACGCAUCAGGACAGGUGGAUGAUGAUGACUGGGAGGCGUGGGACUGAAGCCCCUCCCCUCUCCCCUCACGUUCCUUCGACGGCGAACCGUUUGCUUAACGACGUGCGUAACCUCCGGCCCCGCCCCCGCCACGCCCCCCCCCCACGAUUACAGGGGGAGAACCGGAGGGGCUUGGAAGGGCACCCUCUGCUGGCCAAAUGUGGGAAUUACUCAAGGCAAUAAGUUAGAUUGCUACUGUACAGGAAAAAAAAAAACAUGAAAAUAAUACCACAAAGCUGUAAUAUUGUUCUGUUCUAAAGGGUAACCCUUGAGAUUUCCUGGUUACUAUGGGAAAAGGUGCAGACUGAGGGUAUUGACACUAGUUUAGGAGUUUAGGACGAAUCAUUUCUGACUAAUGCUUCACAGAGAGGCGGGGAAGGAGUCCUUAAUUAGUUGGUGAAAGUGUGACUCCUCGUGUGAGGAGAAUUUAUACUACCCCCCCCUCAUACAUCUUCUGAUAUGCUAUUACAUGUAUGUAAAAUAUUGCAGUUCUUCUUUUAAACGUUAGUGAGAGAUGAAUUUACUUUCAGGCUGUCGAAGUUGCCAUAACCUGUUUGUAAUGCUGCGUAUAUCUAUGGGGAAGAUAAAGUUCUAUAUGAGAAUAUUUUUAGAAUAUUGGUAUUUCAGAUAAACCUUCGCUUGCUUUGUAUCUCCACUCACUAACGGUUCUGUCUUAUGCAAGUUAAAAUACCAUCGGAAAUAAAAAUUGAUUUUGCCUGUA